CAUCAAUCAAUACAGUAAGUACUCAUGAGGAAAACGCGCUUUGUGAAUUAUAAACCACUGGACACACAGUUAUAUUAAACGAGCAUUAUGUUAUGAACGUGCUGUGUAUCAUGUCUGGUCACGCCGUUAUCAGCUGUGUGUUGGUUCUCGUGCUGCUUACCGGGGUAAGGAGCCAAGUUUGCACGACGCUUGUAAAAUCGCAGAGGCCUAUAACAACUAGUUAUUUAAAUAUGGAGAAUGUUUAUGGCGCAGUUUUAAAACCACUUCAAGAAAACGUUCCAUUUACGCAAACGGUUAAUGAAUGUUGCCCUGGAUAUGUGAAGAAGGACCAAUCAUCGAACCCGUCCAGAGAUAACUGCAUCCGGCCUCACUGUGAGAAAACAUGCAUUAACGGGCGCUGUUCAACACAGAACGAGUGCGAGUGCUAUGAACCAUACGAGAAACAUCCCACGCACAACACGUGUGUAUAUAAAUGUAAUCCAGGCCAUAAAAGAGUAAAUGAUGUUUGCGUGCCUCAUUGCAGCAAACCUUGCCGUAGCGGACGAUGUGUUGCACCUGAUAAGUGUAGCUGUGACCAUGGAUGGAUACUAAAUGAGAGCGGCGACUGUAUCGAAAGAGAUCUUGAUCCUAUAAUUUGCUAUCCCCCGUGUGGUAAUGGGAGCUGCCAUUUUCUAAACAGAUGCACUUGCUGGGAUGGUUACAUAUCUAAUAUUAACAAUAAUAACCCGCGAUGUGUACCGUCAUGCAGAAACUGCCAGGGAUUCUGCGUCGCUCCUGGCAGAUGUGAGUGUCCAGAGCUAUUUGAACGCAAAUAUUUAACAGCGGACAACCAAGACUGCGACUGCUCGGAAGAUUGUGAUACAAAAUGCUUUAAAACCGCAUGUGUUCUCACCACUACUACAUCAACAGCUAUACCUCAAACAAUAAAAGCAAUCGAUCCCCCUAAUGAACUCGAUAAUACAGGCAUUUCGGAAAUAUACGUUGUUGUCGAGCGAAUAUCAAAACCAGAUAAUUCGAGUGUUGAACCUAUAACAAUAGUUAAAUAUUACAACAUGAGCCAGGACCCUUGGCUAAUUAUUUUCAUAAUCACAACAAUCAUAAUGGUGGCUUUGAUUAUAUUGGUAUUUUGGGAAUAUCUAAGAAAGUGAGUUUUAAAGAAACAUGUUUAAAGGAUGCUAUCUAAUCCAAGACACAUCAUUUUCUAAAGUCUACGUUUCGGCAGUAUCAUGGGAUGCAAGCUGCCCGAACCCUCCAUGUAUUACUUUUUUGUUAUAUAUUGUACCUUGUCAUAAAUGUUUGUGUGCCUCCCAGUGUAUUGUGUAAAUAAAUGUUUCUUUCUUCUUCUUUUUCCAACACUA